AAAGAUGGUUCAAUUUUUUAGUUUUAUGCUAAAAUCCAUAAAAAACUGAAUAAACUAUCGAAUGUGGCGCAACCUUGCAUACAUUCACAUGUGAUUUUGAAAUGUGAUAUGUCCACCAACCAACAAGUGAUUAAGUGGGUGAAAUCGAUCUAUACAACGUUAUAACAACGUUUUUAUUUGGUAUUUUAAGGAUUGAAGAUAUUAUUAUUAUUAUUUCAAUAAAAUAAAUAAAUAAAUAAAACUAGCACAGGAAGCCCGGUGUUGACGCAUGCGGAAGAAGCAAAGGUUAUCACACAAAGUCGUUGGCGUGACGUACAGUGUUGUGAAAAUCCCCAAGACAAAGUCCAUUCGAUCAUGGCACAGAGCAAACAGAUCGAGGUAAACCCAUUGGAUUCACUUUCCGAUGAGAAGGUAGAAAUUAAUGUUUUAGGCCUGCCUUCUGACUUCAAAGUCACACUUCAGGCUACCAUAAUCAGUGAUUCUGGCCAGGUAUUUCAGUCGUUCGGUCACUACGUAUCAUCCAUUCAUGGUAGAGUAUCGGUCAGCAAAGAUCACUGUCGAGGCGGAACAUACACUGGCGUACAACCAAUGGGUCUUCUAACAGCAAUGAAACCAGCCAAUGGAGAAAGGACGGGCUUAAGGCUUGUCAAAAAGAAUGUAUGCAAGCCCUACAUCGUCCAGUUAGAUGUCUUCGAAGGACACGAUAAUCUCACAAAAACAAUAGCAUGCACUACUUUUAGAAGGCAUUUCAUGGGACCGGGCGUACUUAGAUUUCCUAUCAAAACAGCACGAAUACGUGGUACACUAUUCCUACCGCCAGGAGAUGGACCUUUCCCAGGUGUGAUCGAUGUGUUUGGAACGGCWGGAGGCAUCGUCGAGUUCAAAGCUUCUCUCUUGGCAUCACGCGGUUAUGCUGUACUGGCUUUGGCUUUCUUCGACUUCGAUGAUCUACCCAAAGCUAUAACUGAUAGCAGUCUGGAGUACUUUGAGGAGGCGUUGCAGUGGUUCAGCUGUCAUCCCGCGGUGCAAUCUGGGGGUGUUGGAUUGAUGGGCGUGUCAAAGGGUGCAGAGCUCGUCCUUACCCUGGCGUCCUACCAGCCUCAACUUGUACGAGCCAUUGUGGCCGUCUCUCCUGCCCAUGCCACCAUCGCUGUACCGCUGAAUAUACGAGGCAAGCCUUCACCUUUUAUCAAAUUUGAGCCUGAGAUGACGAAAUUGUCAGCGGAAGGUGGCGUAGAAUUCAGUCUGGCGUAUCCCGAUCGAGUCUCCAAUGGCAAURUUUGGCAUCCAGCAACGAUUAAUGUAGAGAAAAUCCAAUGUCCGAUCAUGUUAGUCUAUGGUGAUGCCGACGGUAACUGGGACUCACUGCGCAUGGCCGAAUUGAUAAUGAAGAGAUUGGAGGAAUAUAAGAAGCAAGGGCAAUGCAUACAAGCCUGUUAUCAUGGUGCCGGCCAUCUKAUUGAACCACCGUACACACCUCACUGCAAGAACUCUUAUCACAAGACUUAUAGAAUGUUUAUUCAUUGGGGAGGGGAGGCUGAGAAGCAUUGUUUUGCUCAAAAAGAUUCUUGGGGGAAAAUACUUAGAUUUUUCCAUGAUAAUCUAAAUGGUUGCAAUCUUAGAGUUCAGUGCAAUCUCUAGCAUCUUUGUAACAGUAGAAUUCGUAUAUCUUAGUUAGGGAGUUAUCAUUAUUUAUUGGGGGGGAGGGCCACUAAAUUUGUGGGGAGAGCCACAUUUUUUUGGAUGUGUGUUUGGGGAGGGUUGAAUUUUUUCAAAUGAGCUUUAGUGGAGGGUCACAAAUUUUGACUGAGAAAAAUAAAUAAGAAUAAGGCUUCUUGUGUUUAUCUUUAAAACUCUUAUCAAAAAGCUUUAGUGUAGAUUUUUCAAAAUGUUGCCUUGCAGGAACUUUUUUUCGGCCGUGCUGGAAUUUUAAGAGAGCACGAAAAAGAAGAUCCAAAAAAACAGCUACAACAUGCUGCGAAAACGAAAACUUAUGAGUAAUAAAGUGAAAUUGGAGCAUUCUGAACUAAGAUCGCUGACUCCACAGAAAAUGGUUAAAAUUGAUUCAGUAUAAGCAUACGAUAUUACACCAAACAAUGGAUCACCAAACAUCUAUCAUAAACGAUCGUUUUGCACAAAUUUAAUACGAUAAAAAGAACUUAAAAGGAGUGAGUAUUCCAGCAGUAUUUUUCUGUUUUCCAAGGUCUUUUAUGCCCUUWAUAAAAGCCUUUCAUUUCCARGGCUUUUCAUGCAAGGAGUACAACGAACCCUGAAUAAGAAUUUUUAUACCCGAUGCAAAGGAGGGCCACAUUUUUUUACUUGUCUUACAAGGGAGGGCCUCUAUUUUCUCAACAGGGUUCGAUGCAARUUUAGUGGCCUUAACCCCAGUAAAUAUUGAUAACUCCCUUAUAUAGUAGUACUGACACAUUGGUAGCUUGCAGUGGACAUAAGCGAUUUAUAUUUUAGAAAUAAUUAGCAUGAAUGAAAGAAAAAGUGUAAAAUCAAAACUGGUUACGAUUUCACUGUGAAAGGUUUGAGACACUUGA